AUGCCGAAAUUGUUUUCGCCAAAUAAGUGCACUGGUGCAUUGACCAUCGCGAGCACAACAAAAUGCCCAGAAGCUUCAAGCAAACCUGGUAAAGCGGUGCACCUCGUGCAAUAUAAUAAAACUUUGGCCACGAUUUGGACGUCUAGAGAUGUACCACAUCUACAUCUAUCAAUUAGGCACGGUGCCGCUGCAUCUCCACCUUCUACGCAGGCAAAGAUCAGUAUGAGAUCGACUCGUACUUCCGAGUUUGCAAGCUGUCAGGGCGGAUUGUGCCGUCUCUAUCAGGAGUUUGUGAAGAUGCUGGACGCUAAGGUGAUCCAGAUACAGGAGAUGUUCGUCCUCAAAACGCCAAAGCGGUGA